GUCAAAAACAGUCACGUGAUCUAAACCGGGCGUUACAUUUCCAAUGUGAGCUCUUGUCUUGCGUGUGAGAGGCGAAGCUACGAUUCGGUGUCGGUUCCCAGGAUUUAGUGAACAUCCGGCUAGCCGACUACAUCAUCUAACCAUGCCAAAAGCAAAAGAGGCGUUGUCUUCCUCAUCAGCAAGUGAGUCUGACAGUGAAGCUGAAACAAAGGCCAAGAGGAAGAAGGCAACUAAAGUGGAGAAACCUGCUAAGAAGCAGAAGGGUGGAGAGAGCUCCAAGCCAAGCGGCUCUUCCAAGAGCGAUAACGAUGCUGGUGACAACAUGUUUCAGAUUGGGAAGUUACGAUAUGUCACAGUCAGAGAUUUCAGAGGAAAGGUGCUAAUUGACGUUAGAGAAUACUGGAUGGACCAAGCAGGUGAAAUGAAACCUGGCAAAAAAGGUAUCUCACUGAACCCAGAGCAGUGGAACCAGCUGAAGGAACAAAUGUCGGACAUCGACGAUGCAAUAAGAAGAUUAUAAAAUUUAUCAGUGUUUUGUUGGGAGGGCUGGGUGUUUUUAAGAGUUCUUUGGCAUCUGGACUCUGGGUUAAAAAAAAAAAAAAGUUUUGUGAAAAAAUGAUUGCUUUGUUUUUGUAGGGUUUUUUCUUCAAAUUGCCAGGGAUACACCAAUCCUAAUCCUUGUAUUUAUUAUUAUUAUUUUUUUUUUUUUUUUGCUAUUUAUUUUCAAUGUGAGAUCAAUAUGCUCUCAAAAGCAUCAGAUGAUACACAACCACUCAGUUGAUGAUUUUUUUUUUAUUUUAUUAUUUACUUAAUUCUUUCGGUAAGCGCCUGUUGCCAGGUUAUGCAAGACAUUACAGACACAGUAUUCGAGUAUGAAACGUGUGUGUGUCAAUCAGUGUAACAUUCUUUAUGGCAUAAAAUACAUCAGUGGCUCAGACUGAAGAAUAUCAGAUCCUUACCCAGUGUUUUAAGCCAGUACGGGACCGAUAGCACUUCGGGUUGGUGUAUCCCUGGUGAAUGCAGUUUAGUUGAAGUGAAGUGUUGUUGUUUUUUUUUUUGUUUUUUUUUUGGUGAUGUUCAAAAUACAAACCUGCUGCUUAUUGUUUGUAAUAGAUAGUCGAAAGUCCACAACAGAUAAACACUGCUUUGGGAAUUAAAUUUGUUCUACUGUUCUUUAUACUUUAUUUAAUAUAUGUAAUAAAGGACACACUGUGUACUUGGGUGGUUUCACAA